AUGUGACCCCAAUUAGUCCUAGUCCAUAUAUGUGGAACCUAGAGACAAAAGGCAGCUGUUUAUCUCCCCUUUCCUAGCUUAUGAUGCACCACAUAUUUCUCUAAAAACACUAUACACAUUUUUUGUUUCUAAUUCUGUUCAUUAUUUUGCAUUCUAAUUAAUUUGAAGAAGAAUAAUGAGUCAGUGUGUACCCAGUUGGGAUUUAGAAGACAAUCCUGCUCCUAAUAGCUCUUCAUCAAACCCUGAUCAGGGUCGUCUCAAAGUCGCCUUACGUGCUCCUUCCUCCAACUCCAUGUCAUCCGUUCUCGAUGUUCCCACAUUGGAUUAUGAGGUGGCAGAAUUAACGUGGAAAAAUGGUCAAGUUGCCAUGCACGGUUUAGGUCCACCGCGCGUGGUCAGCAAGUACACAUGGGACAAACCACGCGCAGCCGAGACCUUAGAAGCCAUUGUGAACCAAGCCACCUGCCACAAACCCCAAUUGGAUUUCUACGCCCACGAUUUAGUCCCAUGGAUAGACCACCACAGCUCGGCCGUGGUUACAAGUGGUAGGUCCGCUACCAUGACCAUGGACGCCUUGGUCCCAAGCGCAAACACCCAACCUCGUGCGCUGUUGUCUGGGACCAAUGGUGCUCUCACGCGCUGUUCCACACGCGUGGCAUCAUGCAGUGGUGCGCAGUCCGGUUUUGGGGACCACAUGGUGGCCAAUGGUGGGGCAACAGCGCGUGAAUGGAGCAGCCAAAGUGUGAGUGGUAGUGAGACGUUCGGAAUGGAGAGUAGCCGACAAUUGACUUUUGACACAUGUGAGAGGGAUUUGGGUGUGAAAGGCGGGUUCAACUCAUCUCCUUCCAUGGGGUCGCCAGGGAAUACGGUCUCCGGUGGUAAACAUUCUACUAAAUCGACAUCUCCUGAUGAAAAUGAUUCUGUUUGCCAUAGUCGACCUCAGAAGCAGAGUAGUGAAUUGGAAGACAAAAAGAAAGGAAAGGGAAAGUCGUCAACAACUUCGACUAAAAGAAGUCGAGCCGCUGCUAUUCAUAACCAAUCUGAACGGAAACGACGGGACAAGAUCAAUCAGAAAAUGAAGACACUACAAAAGCUUGUUCCAAAUGCCAAUAAGACAGACAAAGCGUCAAUGCUGGAUGAAGUGAUCGAAUAUCUAAAGCAAUUACAAGCUCAAAUCCACAUGAUAGGUAGAAUGAACAUGUCACCUAUGAUGAUGGCCAUGCAACAACAGCAACAACUUCAAAUGGCCGCUAUGAUGAACCACCCGAUGACAAUGGGAAUGGCCGGCGCCGCCAUGGGAAUGGGAAUGCCGCCGCCACCAGGGGUCAUGGAUUUGAACGCCAUUGGGGGAAACCGCCCCAACAUUCUUGGAAUGCCGGCUGGCUUCCACCCUGCUUCCGCCUUCAUGCAACCAUCAUGGGAUAUGCAUCAAGCAGGAACAGCCGGAGAUCGACGAGUUACAACAAACCAAAACGACCCGAUGGCGGCCUUCCUUGCAUGCCAAUCGCAGCAGCCAAUGACUAUGGACGGUUACAAUAGAAUGGCUGCCAUGUUUCAGCAAAUGCAGAAUCAGCCUGGCUACACCGGUCUCAAGAAUUGAAACUAUAUAUAUUAAUUACUUUCGAUCUUGUUUUUAAUUAUUUAAACAUGCUAGUAUUUAAUUUAUAAUUAACUUUAAUUUUACUUAGGUUACGUAACGUGUGUGUACGUACGUAGGUUUUAAAAUAUCAUUUAAAGGUAUAUACAUAUAUAGUAGUUCUUUCUAUUAUAUAUUCCAUGUUUAGCUCAUAUAUAUAACAAUCAAUAAAUAUA